UAUAUUUUUGCAGAAGAUCUUAGCUCCCUCUUGCUCCUUAUUAUUUCACGCACCCACACACUUCUCUCUGCAAUCGGUUUCAGAGAGGAAAGUGAAGGGGGAGAAAGUUGCAGAAUGCCUUUCUCCCUCAGGGUUUUGUGAUAGAAUCUAUCCCUGUGAUCGAUGUUUAUGGUGGGCGCCCUUUUGCGGUUUGGAUCGGUUUGCUGCUUGGAUUUUUAUAUUGUUGUCCGCAUGGGAGCAGUGGCUGUCUUGUGUGCAAGACUAAGCCCAAACUGAUCUCUACAUUUCAUGAACCUCUCAAAAGGGUGAAUAACCAACUUGCCAGCUCCAAAAGCUCCCAUAUCUGGGGUUAUUUGGAUAACCAGCACUUGUGAGAUGGACUAUAAUAAAGUGCAAUCAUGUGAAAUCAUCUCAUCAACAAACAUGCUGCCUCGGAUGCAAGCGACUCAUGGUGCUGGCAGUUCAAUGAAACCUACUGAAUUCAUAAAUCAUGGUCUUCUUCUCUGGAACCAGGGCAGACGGAAAUGGACUAGGAAUAAAAAAUCUGUGAGUCGGAUUCUACGAUGGCGUGUGCUCAAAUUAAGAACUUUGUCUCUCUGCAUCUCUAGAAAGUAUUGCCUUCGCAGUUACAGGACCUAUGAUAGUUUGCUUUCGAGCAACAGGCGAUUCCCCAGACCUAUUCCACUUGGUGAGAUGGUAGGUUAUUUGGUGGAAACUUGGGAUCACGGAGGAAUGUAUGACUGACUGGGAAACACAUGAACAGGUCAUAGUAACGGUCAUCGCUUAAGUGGAAUGCUACUCUUGUGGGGCUCAACUUGAUCAUUAAAUCAUAUAUGAUGAUGUUAUAAUUUGAUUUUUAUAACAUCAUAUUAUUCUGAUAUCGAUGGUCCACAUCUUGUACAUGAAAUUAAAUAGGAAUCACCAAAGUAUGUUGUAAGAAGAAUUGGUAAUAUCUUUAGAAUGUUCAACUUUGUGGGCAUUUUUGAAACAAGUUCUUCUACUUAGAA